UUGUAAUCUGGUGUUACCCCCUCCUGAAAUCAACAACCAUUUUCUUUGUUUUUGUGCCUCAGCCACAUCUUAAAUUUAUUUUUAUAGCGAUUUAAAGUCGGAAAGUUAUCGUCCCCGUCUCCCAGACUAAAAACCGACUUCUUUACUCUCGAUUGAGAAAAUAUGACGUCAUACUAAAGCUCAGAAAGCGGAUGUUUACAUCAAAUGCUGGUAUGUUUUUAUUAUAUUUUUUUUUAAGGAAGACAAAGGCUGUUUCAGUGUUUAGUGUCUUAAUUUUUGUUUGUGUGGUAAGCAGUACCAAAAAGUGCAUUACUAAGUGUAAAGAUUUAGAUGUUGGGUUUAUUAAAUUUAAUAAUACGGAUCUGGGUCUCUUUAGACUAUUUAUUAAUUAAUAAUUAAAUUAAUGAAUUAAUGGUGGAAAGUUACUAAAUAAAAUAGUAGUCGUAGUAGUAAUAGUUAGUAUACGUUACGACUAAGCAAGGCUCAUCAUUGCUAAGCCUUACCUACGCGUAAAGUAAAAAUUGAAGGCUGAAAGCAUUGAUUUUGAUUGAAUGACUGAUUGAUCAUUGAAGGUUAGACUGCCUAAGCCUAAACUAAUGUCAGUAAUGUUGACACUGACAGUAACAGUAACAGUAUCAGUAACGAUAAUUGAAAUUGGCAUUAUAGUUUAUAGUAUAAUAGGCAUUCAUAUAGUAAUAUAGGAUAGAUAGGUAAUGUAUUAAAUUAAUUUAAAGUAAAUGUAAUUCUUCUUCUAGGUAAUGUAUUAAAUUAAUUUAAAGUAAAUGUAAUUCUUCUUCGACUUAAGUCAUACGUAAAGACUAGUCCUUACUAGUUAGUAGUCGUAGUUGUAGGUAGAAGUAAAUAUUGUUAAAUUAUAAUUUAUUAAUUAUUCAUUGUCUUAGUCUUGAUUAAAAGAUUUUAGUAGCAGCAUAUUUAUUUGGUUUAAGUUUUUUUCUUAUGUUUAUUUUUGUCCCUCCCCAGAAAUGUUUGAAUUAAAGUAAGGCUGUAAGGGGAAAAGAAAGGUGGGGAGAAGAGCAGUAAAAUAAACAACUUAAGAUGAAAUCUUUUACUUACUUGGACAGUUAUCAUCCAAAGGCCAAAGGCCUUUUAGUUUUAGCUAUCUCUUUUGAUUACAGAUGGUAUGAAAAACAUAAAUUACAAACAAGUUUUGUGAAAAUUGGAACAGUGACAACAAUGAUGAUUCUGCUCAAUCCUUUCUUAUUGAAAUUUAAAAAAAAAAAAUUGUAUUUGAAAAAUUACAAAAAAAGUUAUUGAAAAGCCCUUUUUUAAAUGUUUUAAGAUGUGGCAUGACCAUAGGCCUAUUAAAAUGAUAAACAGUGAAGAUAAGUGUAGCCUAGUAACCUGUAGUUAAUUGAUUAGUAGGCAGUAACAAGAUAGGGGCCAUCAAGUCCAAAGACACUAAAUAAAAAGAAAGGGGCCAGGAGGACUUUCAAAUUUCAAAGAUCGGAAGAAUUAUGUACAAAGUUCUUCUAAAUAAUUAAUCGGCCUAUAUUAGGAUAUAGAAAUGACAGUGACUCACAGUCACAGUGUGAUGUGUCAACAGCGUAAUAAAAGUAAAAUCUAUUUUUUCAUAAUAAAGUUCAUGCAGCUAACAAAUGCCCCAUUCUAUUGAUUGAGUAACUGCCACAGAUGUUACUUAAAAUCAAAUUUGAUUUGGCUAGAAAAAUACUGCACAUUUUAGUUAAUAAAAAUGUUAAUUAGAUGUCUUAGAUCAAUUUUAAAUUUCAGCCUAGUUCAAGUUGAAGGCUUGUCUUUUAUUUAAUGGGCUUUUUGUGUGUGUUCUCCUGGUCAAAGCUAGAUGUAGAUAUAAUUGAUAUACUCUUUCGUUCAUAAUAUUUAAGCUCUUAUGAAAGGAGCAAAGGUAAUCAAUGAUUUUAUAGUUUGUGUGGGGCUGCAGAGUGAAGCAUUAGAUCAGGACUUUAAACUUUUUGUGCGGAAAAAUAAUAGUGUUCCUCUUCAUUUAAGGCCAUAUAUUAAAAAAAUAGGGCAUUUUGUUUUGUUGUUAAAACUUGAAGGAUUGCUAACAAAUUGUACUUUUGGUGGAUAUUUUACAUUUGGUGGAUAUAUUACUUUUUAGCCAAUAAAAACAAAAGUCAGCGGACCAGGAUUGUUUUUAUUCUUCCACCCACUUUUACUGGGGAGGCAUUGUGGGGAGGAUUCGUUGUCGAUCUGCCCCAAGGUAUGAGACUCGCUAAAGGUUCUUGUUGUAGACUUUGAGGAUAUCAUUAAUGCAGUCAAUCCACCACCAGUGUGGUCUUCAUCUGGGUCUGAAACUGGAGUCGGUUUGAAGUGCAGGCUGAUUGACAAGCAUUCUGACCAGAUGGCCAAAUUAUUUAAUUAGCCGUUGAGCCAUACAUUGACUUAAUCGAAUUGCACCAACCAUUAGUCUUAUUAUCUGGCCCCUUCUUGUUUUACCAGUUGCCCACCUUUAAUCUCUGACCUAAAGUUUUUUUUCUCUGUAUAUUUAUUCAGUACCCAGGUCACUGGUAAAAAGGGUUGGAAUAAAGACAUUGUGUUGUAGGGUUUGGAUGCAUCGGCCAUCUGCACAUAGAAUUGUGUUGUGUGGCUUGGAUGCAUUGGACAUCAGCACAUAGCGUUGUGUGGCUUGGAUGCAUUGGACAUCUGCACAUAGCAUUGUGAUGUGUAGCUUGGUAUUCAGCUUGGCAUCCUUUGUUAUUGUGUGAGUGUAAAUGAGCCAGGAUUAAACUUAAUUAUUUGUGAUAAUUUCUUAAGCUCUCUGCAUUAGUCAUUUAUCUUAAGAGAUACUUUAAACUCAGGUCACUGGUCAAAAAUUUAAGUCACCAACAGCCAUGCAUUAGUCAUUCAUCUUAAGAGAUACUUUAAACUCAGGUCACUGGUAAAAAAUUUAAGUCACCAACAGCCAUGCAUUAGUCAUUCAUCUUAAGAGAUACUUUAAACUCAGGUCACUGGUCAAAAAUUUAAGUCACCAGCAGCCAUGCCAUUAUGAUUCAUCUUAAGAGAUACUUUAAACUCAGGUCACUGGCCAAAAAUUUAAGUCACCAGCAGCCAUACAUUAGUACACUAGCCAGCUUGGCAGAAUUAUUGAAAGUCAUGGUAUUUCCCGCAAAUUGUUUGCAGAUGACACAGAACUAUACUAGUGUUUCCGCCCUGAUCCGUUGGAGUGUGCUUUGAAAGAAUGGAUGUCAUCAAACAGACUAAAAUUAAAUAACGAUAAGUCUGAGGCAAUUAUUUGUGGUUCGGACGCCAAUCUUCUGAAGGUUUCCAUCGCAUCAAUAAAAAUUGGUUAAUCUGAGAUCCCGUUAUCCUCCACUGUCAGAGACCGUGCCUUUUUUAUUGACAGUAAACUUAGCAUGAUUCCCCAUAUCAGCUCUGUCAUCAGGGCAUGCUUCUGUCAUCUGCGCGCCCUGGGUCAGCUGCGUCCUCGGUCAGCUGCGUCCUCAACUCAAUAAGAGAACAUCCAAUGCCAUGGCAGUAACUCUCAUCCAGUCAAGAUUAGAUUACUGUAACAGUUGUUUGUGGGGUUUACCUCAAAACCAAAUUCAGAGACUCCAAAAGUUGCAGAAUACUGCAGCACUUAUUGUAUCGCGAAUAAAGAAAUCUGACCACAUCACACCAGUUCUUAGAGAUCUCCAUUGGCUUCCUGCAAGUGAGCGCAUUGACUACAAAAUUCUGUCCACAGCGUACAGCUGUAUAGAUGGGUCAGCACCGGAAUACCUUAAAGAAUUGAUUUCUAAACAUGUAUCCUUAAACAACCUACGGUCUUCAACACAGUCCUUACUGAGAGUUCCCAGUGUAGAUGGACACAGAAAAAAGUCUUACGGAGUGCGCUCUUUUGAAGCAAUAGCACCAAAAUUAUGAAACAGUUUGCCCCAAUCCUUGAGGGACAUUGACAAUGAUAAAAAAUCUUUUAAGAAACAUUUAAAGACUUUUUUGUUUAAAUAGCUUUAAGAACAUCAGAGCGCUGUGAGCAUGCUAUAGUAGCAUGGAUACAAGCGCUAUAUAAGUAUUCAAUUCAACAUUAGUCAUUCAUCUUAAGAGAUACUUUAAACUCAGGUCACUGGUCAAAAAUGAAAGUCACCAACAGCCAAGCAUUAGACAUAGAUCGUAAAAGAUACUUCAAAAUUAUUUCACUGGCCAAAAAAUAUGUCACCAACAGCCAUAUAUUAGUCAUUCAUCGUAAGAGAUACUUUAAACUCAGGUCUCUGGCCAAAAAUAUAAGUCACCAGCAGCUAAGUAAGGCUUUGAGGUCCUUAGCUACUGUUUUCUGCUCAGGGCCAAAUGCUUGAACUUUUACCAUUCUAUGAUAUCAAAGUGAGAUGUGCUUCGAUGGCUCUAAAAGUAGAUUUUGACUGUUUGCUUACAAUCUUAUAAAAUACAUCAAUGAGAAUUUGCUGUGUGGAGAAGGUGGGAAUGCAUUGUACAGGCCAAUACCCAGUGCAAAACUUGAUUCCUCAAACCAAUAACCAGUUUGCCAAAACAGCUAAUAUUAACAUCCCUGAUUUUAAUCUCUCAUUUUGGGGCUCUAACAUUCCUUUAUUCCAAAUAUGCAUUAAAAUAUUCAUUUCAACUACUGGCAGCCUAAAAUUUCUCUGAAUAAAUGAUAAAUUGUGUAUGCAUUAUGAUUUGUUCCCUUGCUUUUUAAGUUCUGUAUUUUAAGCUCCACUUGAGUAAAGUAAUUACUCAAAUAAAUGUUAUUUAUAGUGUAGGAAAAUUCCCUAAUAAUUAUUUUCUUAAAAAAAAUCCAUUACAGAUUUAGUAUUUUGAAUGACAAAGCUGCUAAAUAUAAUGCAGCUACCUCUUGACUUCUUCAGAAAUGUAUUAUUGUUGUACAGCAUGUGACCAGUGUCCUAUUGGUGGCUUAAUUUUUUUAUUAUAAAAUGAGAUUUAAGUAAAUUCAGGCAGAUACUUGAUUGUGGAUUAAUAAAUAUAAUUUUGUUGUUUUGCUUUCAGAAAACAAAAUGAAUUUACUUAAUAUUCUGUUAUUUGGAGUAUUAUGCAUGCUGAAACUGCCAUUUGUGGAUGCAUAUCCAGAUAUACUACUUGUCCGUCCUAAACAAAUCCAUAUUUCAUAUGGCUGUGAGUAACUUUUAAAAAUUUAAGUAUUACAAAAUAAUUUAAAAUAUUUGAAGAAAGUCUUUCUUCUGAUUCAUUAUGUUAGAUUAUGUAGGACUCCUUUAAACUGAAGUCUUUGUUAUAAUUGUAUAUAAGAUUCAUUUAUUGCUAUUUUGAUAUUGUUGUAGUUUAUUAUAGUAUUUGGGUUUCUUGUCUACAGCAAGCCCACAACAGAUGACGGUUGUGUGGAGUCAGAUGAACCAAACAAAAGUGAAUGUGGUCCGUUAUGGCCUGAAUGGGAUGUUAAACCAACUGAAGCUGGGCAACAGCACCAAGUUUGUUGAUGGUGGCACAGAACACAGAACUCAAUUCAUCAGCAAAGUUUUACUGAAUGACCUUGUCCCAGGGAAAAUGUACUGUAAGCAAGUUUUUAUAUAAUAAAUAUUUUAAUGACAUUGUUUAUUAGAAAACUGACUUUCUUAUUUCUUUAAGAUCGAGGAGGUGAAGAACGAGCAGGAAAGAGAAGAAAACAACUUAAAACAACUUAUCUUCUCUUGACUCUGAAUGUGCUUUUAAAACGUCUGUUGGCAUUCUGUUGACCACAUAAGAUUAAUGUAUGUGUUUGUGUUUCACAGCAUAUGUUGUAGGGAAUGAGUACGAGUUUUCCGAGAAGUUUGAAUUUCGGGCUAUGCCUGAGGGUCAAGAGUGGAGUCCUCGCCUAGCCAUCUAUGGCGACAUGGGCAAUGUUAACGCCAGGUCACUCACCAGACUGGAACUUGAGGCUGAUAAUGGAAUGUAUGAUGCUAUCCUUCAUGUCGGUGGGUAUGCUGCUUUUAAAUCUUUUUUAAUUUAUAAAAACCUCUGUAUUCAGACAAUUAACACUAAUUUGUAUCAUUUAGUUGAGAUUUUAGAAGUCACAUAAUAAGUAUUCGGUACAAUCUACCAUAAUUUAAAGAAAUAAUAUUCCAUUACCUUGCAAUGUAAAAAAGAUAAAUAUAAAUUUAUAUUAAAAAGUAAAACUGCAUUAUGUUUUAAAACAUCUAACAUUGUUUUCAAUUGUUUACUUGAAAUAUUCACAGGUGACUUUGCUUAUGACUUUGAUGAUGUGAGUUCAGUUUUAAUUUUAUAAAUUUUUUUAUUCUCUAAAAACUAAAAAUUCACCCCAAAAUACUUUUUGUUUUAUAAUAAUUUUAACAAAAUGGGGUAAUAAGGGGAGAGACUGCAAUCAGGUUAGCAAAAUAGGAAAUGAGUACCUUACUUUAUUUUAAUCAUUUCCGAUUUUUAAAAAAUUGUUUUAACAUAACUGACUGCGUUUUUAUAUGAUACUUUAAAUUAUUAAUAAUUAUUAUCUUAUUAGGAUUUAUUAGUUCUAGUCCAAAAUUUAGUGGGAGAUUUCUUAAAAUUGCAUCUCUUAAAAACUGAUAUUGUUGAGUGAAUAGCUGAUAUUUUUUUUGUUUGCUCCACGCUGCUGUGGUUGUAGUUUUUCUUAAAAAAUUAAUUAUUGUUUGUUAGCUCCAAGGUGCUUUGGGUGAUGAGUUUAUGGAACAGAUCCAACCUUUGGCUACCAGAGUGCCCUAUAUGACUUGUCCUGGAAAUCAUGAGGAGGCCUAGUAAGCACAUUUAAACCUAUAUUAGAUGAUGAGGCUGAAUGGAAGUAACUUCAUACAUUUUAGGUGAUGAGGCUGAAUGGAAGUAACUUCAUACAUAUUAGAUGAUGAGGCUGAAUGGCAGUAACUUCAUACAUUAAGAUUUUUUUUUUUUUAAAAUUAAUCAUGAAUUUAUAAUAAAGUGACAUAAAGAUGACUGGAUAUCCUGCAUUUUUAACCUCAGGUGAAAUAUUCUCAAAAUAUAGAAUUUAUUGUGAUCAAAAGAAAGAAAUUAUUUUUGUAAUGAAAAGAUAGAAGUUAUUAUUGUAAUCGAAUGAUAGAAGUUAUUGUACUCAAACGAUAGAAGUUAUUAUUGUAAUCAAAAGAUAGAAGUUAUUAUUGUAAUCUAAAGAUAGAAGUUAUUGUAAUUCAAAGAUAUAACUUAUUGUAAUCAAAAGAUAGAAGUUAUUGUAAUUCAAAGAUAUAACUUAUUGUAAUCAAAAGAUAGAAGUUAUUACUGUAAUCAAAAGAUAGAAGUUAUUGUAAUCAAAAGAAAGAAGUUAUUGUUGUAAUCAAAAGAAAGAAGUUAUUGUAAUCAAAAGACAUGUUAUAAAAUAUACAUGGAAACAAUACAUCUUUGUUUCUAGACCUACGUUCAGUCUGGAGUCCUAGGUAGAAAUUUAAAUCAUACAAUUACUCAGCUGAUUUCACAGCCACUCCAUAGAAUGUCCAAAAUAAUUGUCUGCAGAAAUAUUUUUUUGGCUUACAUUUGUCUGUUUUGUUUUUCAACUCCUCUCCAGCAAUUUCUCCCACUACAGAAACAGAUUUGCCAUGCCAGGAGAUGAAGGUCAGAUGUACUAUAGGUAUGAAGUUUCUGUUGUAACUGGUUAACUACCAUGAGCCGGUGGGAGCGGCUUGGCGUUUCUUUCAUUAUGGCCACGAGCCGCUGGUAGCGCCAAUGUUUGUAUCAUAGUAAAUCGAGUCAAAUAUUUAUAAUAUUCCGUUCCUGUUUUGCUUCGAGAUUUUAAUUUACCGACAUGAUGUUUAUAUUCAAACCGCAUGCUAUCGGCAGAAUGUUUAAAAAAAACGAGAUGCUAAAUAAUUUUGAUUUAAUUAUUUUCAAGCUAGUUACAAAAUUGUACACAAAAUUGCACUAAUUGUUUACCGUGACAACAAGGGAUAGUGUUACUAAAGGCAUACAAGUGAUUGGAAGUGUAAAUAUUAUUCAAUUUCUGUGUUCUUUGGUGCAUUUUUCUUAUUAUUGGAUAUACUAUCUUGAACUCACCAAAUAUUAUUAAUGGUGAAACCUAAGUACUUAUAUGCCUCUACUUUUUAAAAAUAAUAUCCAAGCUUGAAUAUUUAAAUUUACACCUAGCGAGGAAAGUUUCUUUAUCAUAAGGUUUGGUUGGAUAGAGUUAAAUGCUGAUGAGAAGUCUAAGAAUAGCAAUCUUGACAUAUUUUUUAGGACUGUAGUUCUAUUAUUAAUUUUUUAUGUUGUUGCAAGUUACCUUAUUUUUCUUUGGAAUUGGUAUGAUUUCUGAAGUUUUCCAAAUUGAAAGCCUACUUAAUUUCAGUAUUACCUGCUGGUGUGGGAAUUCAACGUCUGAUAUUAAACGCCGCUUAAACCGACUAAUCAAGAAAGCUAGGAAUAUAAACAUCCUUCACUUGAAGAACUAUUUGAAGAAAGAUAUUAUUGUAAAACUAAACACAUUUUAGAUGAUAUAUCCCACCCUCUUCGUCACAGAUACUUAGGAUCAGCCCGUUCGGGAUGUAUUCUUUCCAUCACUGCGAGGACUGAAAGAUAUAAAAAUUAUUUUGUUCCCCAAUCUGUAUGAAUUUACCAGCGUGCUCCCCCUGAAGUAACAAAUCUUAAUGAGAACUAAUAAGUCCCUGAUAUGGCUAAGAGAACUCAUUGAAUGGCUGAAAAGAAUCUUAUUUUAUCUUAUAAAAGGCUUUAAAUAUUUUGGAAAUUUAAAAUUUAUACGUAAGUUCACAUUUAUAUAUUUUUUAUUUUUCUGUUGUAAAUACUAAUUUAACAAUUAAUAAUUUCCCAACAAAGCUUAACUUUACAAAUUUUAAGUUAAUCUUAUAGACAAUUUAUUUACCUACCAAAUGGUUUAUUAAUUAUCAGAAUAUCUUUAUAAUUAAGAAAAAUGCAGCUGAAUUUGUACUUACACCUAACAUUAGAAAAUGUGACCUAGAUUUAAUUCGGCCACAGCAGUUUUUUCAAUCUGGAAGCUAAUCAGUUAAUCUCUGUAUUAAUCUUGAGUUAUUUUUAGGGAUCACAUUAUCCCAAUCAAAUAAUUGACCAAAAUAAAUUGCUCAAAUAGAAAAUUAAAUAAUUGACAUAUAUGGCCUUAUUAAUCAAAUGAUUAUGGAUAUUUAUUUUUCACUUGUAAUUUUAAAGCCUUGGGAUCACAGCUUCUUUAAUUUUAUUUCAGAUUGCCACAUGUGGCAAACGCCGAUUUUAUAUUUCCUUGUAGAUAUAAAAUUAGCCGUCCAUUGAAUUAUGAGAGCUUGUAACAUGCAUCAGUUUUUCUGCAGCUCAUCUUUGAAAGUUGAUUUUUAUAAAAAUGAUUAUUUCCCCGUUAGUUUCAACAUGGGACCGGUUCACUUUGUCUCUGUGUCCACGGAGCUCAUUUUCUUUUGGCAUUACGGACCUAUGCAGGUGUUCUGGCAGUACGAGUGGCUCAAGAGAGAUCUAGAGGUGAGAUAACAUGGAUGUCUUGUACGUGGUUCAUGCUUAUCUUCACGGCCUCUAUCUUGAUUGGACUGUGUAUUUAUUUCAUCAAGUUGUGAAGAAACUGAGAUUAUAGUGACAGUGGUUCUUUAAUGUUCAUUCUCUGUUUAUUGAACCACAUGUUUUACAUUGACGGACUGCCAUUGUUUAUAUUAUACUUUGAGCUUACAACCUUUGACAGAUCUACAUAAAUUUUACACUUUAAUAGCAUUCUAUAAUGAUUCUCUUGUGUAAGCAUUAAAAGUAGAAUCUCCAAAACUUGUCGUAUGGAACAGCAACUAAAGAUGAGUUUUACAUGAGCUACUGAGUUUUACAUCAGUGCCCUGUAGUAAGAGUAUAUUAGUACUACUGAGUUUUACACCAAGUGCCCUGCAGGAAGAGUAUAUUAGUACUACUGAGUUUUACACCAAGUGCCCUGCAGGAAGAGUAUAUUAGUACUACUGAGUUUUACACCAAGUGCCCAGCAGGAAGAGUAUAUUAGUACUACUGAGUUUUACACCAAGUGCCCUGCAGGAAGAGUAUAUUAGUAACUCUUAGAUUUCCUAAGAAGAAACAUGGUUUUGUUUUGUUUAUAAAAUGAUAUUUGUUGAACAUUUACUUUGUCAAUUUAUAACUUUAAAAUGUUUUAUCAUUUGACCAAUGUCACCGUAGGAAGCCAACAAACCUGAGAAUAGGGCCAAGCAUCCUUGGGUUGUGGUGUUCGGGCACCGCCCCAUGUACUGCUCCAGUGAUGACACUGAUGACUGUACCAAAUUUGAAAGCAUUGUAAGCUAUCAACCCAUUGAAAGCUGAUGUGGCUUUUCUUUCUUGAUUUUUUUUUUUCAUUUUGUUUGCGUUUUUUUUGUGUGCAUGAUUUGUUUGCUCAAUGGCUCGGACCUUUUUGCUAGUGUAGGAAGCCAACAAACCUGAGAAUAGGGCCAAGCAUCCUUGGGUUGUGGUAUUUGGGCACCGUCCCAUGUACUGUUCCAGUGACGGUACGGAUGACUGCACCAUGUCAGAGAGCAUUGUAAGCCAACUUUUAACUUUAGGAGAAUUAAAAUGGUAUAAUUUAUCAUUAUAAACAUAAAUUAGAAGGUGGAAUAUCUAUAUAGUUUUAUAAUAAAAAUAAUUUUAGAAAUCUUACUUUAUAAUAUUUUUUGUGAUAUUUUUAUUUAAUGAAACUCUUUGCCAUAAUUUACACAGUUAAAGAAAGAGUGGUGUUGGUCUUACUUAUAUUAACUUGAGCCACAAUUUAGACAGUUGAAGAGUAGUAUUGGUCUUAUAUGAGACACUUGUAAUAUCAGAAGUCAGAAAUAUUUAACAUUAUAUUUGCUUUUUAAACAUAUAUAUAAAUCAAACAUUUGUUUUCGCUAUUUAUCCUCAAUGCUUGCUUUUAUUUUGGUAGUCAUUAUACUAAGCCUACAUUUUUUUGAACUUCAGCUUUUCCCACUGGCUAAAAUAGCCCUAUAAUUUCAAUGUCUUUUCCCACUGGCUAAAAUAGCCCAAUAAUUUCAAUGUCUUUUCCCACUGGCUAAAAUAGCCCAAUAAUUUCAAUGUCUUUUCCCACUGGCUAAAAUAGCCUUAUAAUUUCAAUUUCUUUUCCCACUGGCUAAAAUAGCUCAAUAAUUUCAAUGUCUUUUCCCACUGGCUAAAAUAGCCCUAUAAUUUCAAUGUCUUUUCCCACUGGCUAAAAUAGCCCUAUAAUUUCAAUGUCUUUUCCCACUGGCUAAAAUAGCCCUAUAAUUUCAAUGUCUUUUCCCACUGGCUAAAAUAGCCCUAUAAUUGCAAUGUCUUUUCCCACUGGCUAAAAUAGCCCUAUGAUUUCAAUGUCUUUUCCCACUGGCUAAAAUACCCCUAUAAUUUCAAUGUCUUUUCCCACUGGCUAAAAUAGCCCCAUAAUUUCAAUGUCUUUUCCCACUGGCUAAAAUAGCUCUAUAAUUUCAAUGUCUUUUCCCACUGGCUAAAAUAGCCCUAUAAUUUCAAUGUCUUUUCCCACUGGCUAAAAUAGCCCCAUAUUUUCAAUGUCUUUUCCCACUGGCUAAAAUAGCCCUAUAAUUUCAAUGUCUUUUCCCACUGGCUAAAAUAGCCCUAAUGCCCUUAAAUUUCAAUGUUCAGCUUUUUUCAGUUGUUUAUUUUGUUCUAAAAGUUGUUAAUUAAAUUUGUCAUUUUGAAGACAAAAAAGAAAGGAUCAUCCCAUUUAUUGAUUACAAGUUUACAAUGAUGAUAAAAAAAAAUAGCUGUAUAUGUAAUUGUUUUCGGUUAUAUAUUUUUUACUUUAACUGCUAAUAAUAGAGAGAUCAGAUAAACUUAGUCUAAGGCUUUAAUUAUAAAUAUGAAAUAUAAUCGGCUCAUGAAAUAAAGUGACAUAAUUCAUUUCAUAAAAUAAAUAAAACCCAUUUAUCCCCCUUUCUUUCAGACCAGGAAAGGUGUACCAGUGCUACACAUAUUUGGCUUAGAAGAUGUCUUCUAUGACAAUGGCGUUGAUUUAGCUAUCUGGGCCCACGAACAUUCGUAUGAGCGUCUGUGGCCCCUGUAUGAUAGAAAGGUGGGUUUUUUUUGUGUGUGAUCUUAAUAAAGUGCUUGUUCAAGUUUAUAAUAUUUAUGGCAAGGGCUUCUUGUGACAGAGUGUUAUAGUGGACUAGACCGUCCUGAUAGCCAAGUAGGUCAAACAGCGCGCAUGCAGAGAGCGCAGAGACUGUAGUGAAAGUUUAUGAAUGAACAGUGUGUUCCGGAAUCAAGCAGAGAGUCAAUACUUUUGAGAACUUGUAUUUAUGUAGAUUUAUGUUAAUGUUUAUUGUUGGAAAUAAAAACAUAGAAAACAUAACACAGAUUGACAGUUAUGGCAAGGGCUUCUUGUGACAGAUUGACAGUUAUGGCCAGGGCUUCUUGUGACAGAGUGAUAGUUAUGGCCAGGGCUUCUUAUGACAGAGUGACAGUUAUGGCCAGGGCUUCUUGUGACAGAGUGACAGUUAUGGCCAGGGCAUCUUAUGACAGUGACAGUUAUGGCAAGGGCUUCUUGUGACAGAGUGACAGUUAUGGCAAGGGCUUUUUGGGACAGAGUGACAGUUAUGGCAAGGGCUUCUUGUGACAGAGUGACAAUUAUGGCAAGGGCUUCUUGUGACAUAGUGACUGUUAUGGCAAGGGCUUCUUGUGACAGAGUGACAAUUAAGGCAAGAGUUCUUCUGACAAUAAGACUGACAAGUUUGUUUGUCCAGUAUUAAUGCAUUAACUGAACUUAGUGACCCAUCUGAUUGUCCUCUGUUGCUAUCAUCCAAACUAUCUCAAGUAUGUGUGUGCUAUUGCUAUCAUUCAAACUGUCUCAAAUAUGUGUGUGUUAUUGUUAACAUUCAAACUGUCUCAAAUAUAUGUGUGUUAUUGUUAUCAUGCAAACUGUCUCAAAUAUGUGUGUGUUAUUGUUAUCAUUCAACCUGUCUCAAAUAUAUGUGUUAUUGCUAUCAUCCAAAGUGUCUCAAAUAUGUGUGUUAUUGUUAUCAUUCAAACUGUCUCAAAUAUGUGUGUGUUAUUGUUAUCAUCCAAAGUGUCUCAAAUAUGUGUAUGUUAUUUUUAUCAUUCAAACUGUCUCAAAUAUGUGUGUGUCAUUAUUAUCAUUCAACUGUCUCAAAUAUGUGUGUGUUAUUGUUAUCAUUCAACCUGUCUCAAAUAUAUGUGUUAUUGCUAUCAUCCAAACUGUCUCAAAUAUGUGUGUGUUAUUGUUAUCAUUCAAACUGUCUAAAAUAUGUGUGUGUUAUUUUUAUCAUUCAACCUGUCUCAAUUAUGUGUGUGUUACUGUUAUCAUUCAAUCCGUCUCAAUUAUGUGUGUUAUUGUUAUCAUUCAAACUGUCUCAAAUAUGUGUGUGUUAUUGUUAUCAUUCAACCUGUCUCAAAUAUAUGUGUUAUUGCUAUCAUCCAAAUUGUCACACAUAUGUGUGUGUUAUUGUUAUCAUUCAAACUGUCUCAAAUAUGUGAGUGUUAUUGUUAUCAUUCAAAGUGUCUCAAUUAUGUGUGUGUUAUUGUUGUCAUUCAAACUGUCUCAAAUAUGUUUGUGUUAUUGUUAUCAUUCAAACUGUCUCAAAUAUGUGUUAUUGCUAUCAUCCAAAGUGUCACAAAUAUGUGUGUGUUAUUGUUAUCAUUCAAACUGUCUCAAAUAUGUGUGUCUUUUGUUAUCAACCAAAGUGACACAAAUUUGUGUGUGUUAUUUUUAUCAUUCAAACUGUCUCAAAUAUGUGUGUGUCAUUGUUAUCAUUCAAACUGUCUCAAAUAUUUGUGUGUCAUUGUUAUCAUUCAAACUGUCUUAAAUAUGUGUGUGUUAUUGUUAUCAUUCAACCUGUCUCAAAUAUAUGUGUUAUUGCUAUCAUCCAAAGUGUCACAAAUAUGUGUGUGUUAUUGUUAUCAUUCAAACUGUCUCAAAUAUGAGUGUUAUUGUUAUCAUUCAAAGUGUCUCAAUUAUGUGUGUGUUAUUGUUAUCAUUCAAACUGUCUCAAAUAUGUGUGUGUUAUUGUUAUCAUCCAAAGUGUCUCAAAUAUGUGUAUGUUAUUUUUAUCAUUCAAAGUUUCUCAAAUAUGUGUGUUAUUUUUAUCAUUCAACCUGUCUCAAUUAUGUGUGUGUUAUUGUUGUCAUUCAAUCUGUCUCAAUUAUGUGUGUUAUUGUUAUCAUUCAAACUGUCUCAAAUAUGUGUGUGUUAUUGUUAUCAUUCAAACUGUCUCAAAUAUGUGUGUGCUAUUGCUAUCAUCCAAACUGUCUCAAAUAUGUGUGUGUUAUUGCUAUCAUCCAAACUGUCUCAAAUAUGUGUGUGCUAUUGCUAUCAUUAAAACUAUCUCAAAUAUGUGUGUGUUAUUGUUAUCAUUCAACCUGUCUCAAAUAUAUGUGUUAUUGCUAUCAUCCAAAGUGUCACAAAUAUGUGUGUGUUAUUGUUAUCAUUCAAACUGUCUCAAAUAUGAGUGUUAUUGUUAUCAUUCAAAGUGUCUCAAAUAUAUGUGUGUUAUUGUUAUCAUCCAAACUGUCACAAAUAUGUGUGUGUCAUUGUUAUCAUUCAAACUGUCUCAAAUAUGUGUGUUAUUGUUAUCAUUCAACCUGUUUCAAAUAUGUGUGUGUUAUUGUUAUUCAAACUGUCUCAAAUAUGUGUUUUGCUAUUGCUAUCAUCCAAACUGUCUCAAAUAUGUGUGUGUUAUUGCUAUCAUCCAAACUGUCUCAAAUAUGUGUGUGCUAUUGCUAUCAUCCAAACUGUCUCAAAUAUGUGUGUGCUAUUGCUAUCAUCCAAACUGUCUCAAAUAUGUGUGUGCUAUUGCUAUCAUCCAAACUGCCUCAAAUGUGUGUGUGCUAUUGCUAUCAUCCAUAGUGUCUCAACUAUGUGUGUGCUAUUGGUAUCAUCCAAACUGUCUCAAAUAUUUGUGUGUAUUGCUAUCAUCCAUAGUGUCUCAAAUAUGUGUGUGAUAUUGCUAUCAUCCAUAGUGUCUCAAAUAUGUGUGUGUUAUUGCUAUCAUCCAUAGUGUCUCAAGUAUUUGUGUGUAUUGCUAUCAACCAUAGUGUCUCAAAUAUGUGUGUGAUAUUGCUAUCAUCCAUAGUGUCUCAAAUAUUUCUGUGUUUCCUCUUUCCUUAUAAUGAGAAUCAAAAAUUAACUAUGGCACUAUAAAUAACUUUAAGCAAUAAUGAUUUCAGUUAAAUUGCUACAUUUAAUUACAUUUAAUUUCAAGUUAUUUUACAUUGGAUUCAUUUUAUUCACUGAAUAUUGUUAUUCUCUUAUAAACCAUUUUAUUUUUAACUUUUGGAUGACUUUAAAGUAUGAACUUUUAUUAUCGUCUCAGACAAUGUCAAGGUUUGAAAUGGCUUUCUGUGUCUCAGGUGAUAAAGGUUUGAAAUGACUUUCUGUGUCUCAGGUGAUGAAUGGCAGUUACGAAGAUCCCUACACUGAUCCUAAAGGGCCUGUACAUAUCAUCACAGGAUCUGCGGUAUGGACUCGUUUCCCUACAAAAUGUUAUGUCACCAUAACAGCUGCAUUCAAAUAUAGCGAUAGAACAUUUCAAAGCAAAAUAUUGGACUUGUUCCUGAUCUAAUCACGGGAAAAUCAGCUUUUAGCUAUGAUUAGAAAAACCAUCUGUCUUUAUUUAAACAAAAGCAGGGUUUCAUUGGUUUUGAACUGUUUCUACAUUUUUUGUUUAAAAAGACAAAACGUUAUAAUUAUUUCAUUAAAAUUGAAUCAUAAGUCAUUAACUAUGCAUAUCCUAAACUUAAAAGAUGUUUGUUUUUUUUGUUUUUUUUUUUUUCAACUUUUCUAUUACAAAGUUGUAAUACUAUCCUAUACCCAAUACUAUUUUAAUAACAUCUUCCAGGGUUGUCGUGAAAAUGUCUCUGGAUUUGUGCCGAAGCCCCCAGAAUGGUCAGCCUUCCACAGUAUGGACUAUGGCUACACUAGAAUGCAUGUACUUAACAAAACUCAUAUGUACUUGGAACAAGUGUCAGAUGAGAAGGUCAGGGAAACGGAUGUGGACAUUAUUUUAGACAUUUUGUAUUAAAGAGUUUUUGUGGUAACUAAAGAACAGAUGGGGGUUUUUUCUUCGAAAUAUUCAUUCUAAUUCUAAUUAGGAAAUGGGAACAAAUAUUACUUCCGCUUGUGCAGUGCACAGCGUUCUGAAAUCAUUAAGAGUUGUGUCAAGAGGUGAGCAAAUCGUGUAGAGACAUGUCGCGCAGUCGAUGAUAGGAUGAAGGGAAUAGUUUCAAUAUAAUAAUAGAAUAUUUUGAAUUUUUACACUAUGGCUUGUAAACAACUUGUAAUAUCUGUAUAUCUCUACACAUCUACAUAAAAUACUUAUGAUGGGUCCAGCAACAACUUGUAAUAUCUGUAUAAUCUCUACAUAUCUACGUAAAAUAUUUAUGAUGGGUUCGGCAAACAGUCUACCCAAAGAUCUGCUUGUGAGAAAUAUAUCCUCCUAAUAAGUCUCUCUCUGUAACAAUUAGUGCACAUCUCCCUCCUGCUAUUUCUCACUACUAUAUAUAUCUCCACCACUUGUUCAUCACGCCAACUAUCAACUAUCAGGAUCAAACUCAUAGCUUGUAUUGGAGUUCACUAUUACUUCUAGUUCCACUGAGCUAUUAUUCAUGAUACAAUGAUAUCAGAGCGCUUUCAGCAUGCUAGAUACAAGCGCUUUAGAAUCAAUCAUCAUCAAUAAAUUCAGUGGUUCAAAUACUUGACAAAGAAAAAACAAAAUCCUAUUGUCAUCAUCAUUUAAUUUUAAGUUUUCAUUUCAGGAUGGCCUGGUGAUAGAUAAAUUUACCAUCAUCAAAAACUGGCAUGGAUCAUAUGAUAAGUCUGGAAUAAAGAGAUCAAAAGACCUUCCCAAGUCACUAACUCGGGCUGGGUACAAUGCUGGAUACAGAAGGGAUCAUGGACUUUGAAAAUAUUUUGUAUCUUCCUACAACUGUAUCAAACAUCUGGUCUUCUGCUCAAAGUGUGUCAGUCAAUGAUCAGCAGAAGUAAAAGAAGUGCUUAUUGCUUCAUGGUUAACUUCUCCAUUCCAUAAAUAUAUUUUUUUACAAUUGUUAAAUAUUUCAUACCUGUUUCACAGAUUUUUUAAAUGUGUGUUGACAAAAGUUUAAUUCAAUAGUAAAAUACACAUUGAGACAAAGAGUUACACUGCAGCAGUAACUAGUGUCAAAAAUAAUUUUGGAUACAGUGUGUAUAAAAAAAAUACUCUCUUAGUUGUGUUUUUUUCUUUUCAUUUCUUGUAUGCUAUGCUUAUAUUGGAAUUUCUAUGCACUUGACUUUUUCCUCAGUAUCUCUUGUCUAAAAUCAUAUCACUAGUCGGUCUUACUAUUGAAGUUUUAUUCACUUUUACAGUAUAAUUUCAAGUUUUAUCAAAGAUAUAAGAUGCUUAAGAGAUGAAGAAUACUGUUACUGUUAUUACAGUACAUUAAUUUGGAAAAGAAUUUGAAAACUUUUGAUAACGCUGCUUAACAUAGCAUUGAAUCUGAAGGCCUCAAACGAUGUUGUUCAACAUUGAUGAAACAUAUGCACUCUUUUAUAUUUGUAUAAGAUCUGUUUAUACAUAUGCCAACAUUUUUUAUAAAUUUAACAUAUAAUUGACAUUGUUUGUCCUGAUUUUAUUUAUUUAUUUCGUUUCCUACAGGCAUUAAAAGAAUCAUGUUUUAAUCGCUGAAGUCUUUCAGUUUUUACCCAUCUCUGUAAUGCACAUUAAAAAUCUACAAAUUUAAAACUUCUAGUUUUUUUUAAUCAUUUUGCCUUUAGAUCAUGUGCUCAUGGUGGAAUGGAAUAAUGUUUCUGUACAAAAAUAACAAUUAAGUAAUUGGAAUAA